AGAUGAAUGCAUUCCCCACGACGAAUGGCUGUCUGGUCCCUUGAACAUGACACACCUCUUCUCUAACUCCCGCCAGACGCGGUCCGGACUCCUCUCUCUCUUUUCUGUAUUAAAUUUGCUGACUUUUUAACGCUUAUCUUCUUCUUCCAUAUCUCUCUGUCUCUCUCUGGUUGGGGAAGAAGAUAAGUUAAAAAAGCUUUUACCAAACAGCCAACCCUUUACACAUCCCGUACACUACUCUAAUAAUAGAGAAGACCCUUCUCUCUCUUUCUCUAUAGUUUCUUCUCUAUCUCUUCUUUCUGUUUCGAUUCCCAAGCUGUCAAGUUGCAGAGGAAGGUAGAUUUGGUCGGCCGACAACCAGGAUAAUAUUUCGGAAUAUACCAAAUCAUCAACCUUGAAUCGAUCUGUUUGAUUUGCUAAAAUGAUGAAGAUGUUCGAUGAAAUGGGUUUCUGCGGCGAUCUUGACUUCUUCAAUGCUCCGAUGACAGGGGAGAUUCAGACGACAGCAGGACAACGACCGGACUCAGAUCCGAUCGUUGAUGACGAUUCUUCAGACGAAGAGAUGGACGUUGAUGAACUUGAGAGGAGGGUAUGGAGAGAUAAGAUGAGAUUGAAACGUCUUAAAGAAAUGAAUAGAGGUAAUAAGGAAGGGGGUAUACUUGACUCUGCAAAACAGAGACAAUCGCAGGAACAAGCAAGGAGGAAGAAGAUGUCGAGAGCUCAAGAUGGUAUCUUAAAGUACAUGUUGAAAAUGAUGGAAGUUUGUAAAGCUCAAGGAUUUGUUUACGGAAUCAUCCCUGAAAAAGGGAAACCAGUAAGUGGAGCUUCAGAUAAUCUAAGAGAAUGGUGGAAAGACAAGGUUAGAUUCGAUCGUAAUGGUCCAUUGGCGAUUUCAAAGUACUAUUCCGACAAUUCAAUCCCAGGAAAGAACGAAAGAUCGAAUCCAAUCGGUCCUACUCCUCAUUCUUUACAAGAACUUCAAGACACAACACUCGGUUCAUUACUCUCUGCUCUAAUGCAACACUGUGAUCCUCCCCAGAGACGUUUCCCACUCGAAAAAGGCGUGUCCCCGCCUUGGUGGCCGACUGGUAACGAACAAUGGUGGCCUCAAUUGGGUUUACAAAAGGAACGAGGUCCCCCGCCUUAUAAAAAACCUCACGAUCUGAAAAAAGCAUGGAAAGUUGGUGUUUUAACGGCUGUGAUUAAGCACAUGUCCCCUGAUAUCGCUAAGAUUAGGAAACAUGUUCGUCAAUCGAAAUGCUUGCAGGAUAAGAUGACGGCUAAGGAGAGCGCAACUUGGAUUGCUAUUGUUAACCAAGAGGAAACGCUGGCCCGAGAGCUUUUCCCUAACAGCUGCCCGAUUCUGACUUCCUCUUCAUCUGAACGUGGAAACGGUUCGUUUAUAAUCGAUGAUGAUAACGAAUACGACGUUGAAUUGACAGAAGAGGAACCCGAUAUCGAUUUCUCGAGGAAAAGGAAGAAUUCGAUUGAAAUGAACUCAACAGCGACAGUGGAAUCUAAGAUCUAUAAAUGCGAGUUCCUUCAAUGCCCCCAUAGCCAAUUCCAUUUGGGUUUUACCGAAAGGUCUAUCCGCGACAAUCACCAACUGUCUUGUCCCUUUGGAGCUAAUAAUUUCGGAAUCUCGAACUUCCAUAUAGACGAAAUUAAGCCGGUUUUCAUUAACCAACAACCACCGCAAGUGGUGGCGAAUCCAAUUCAACCCUCUACGUUGGAAGUUCAAGAUGAAGGGCAGAAGAUGAUAACUGAUUUAAUGUCGUUCUAUGAAACCAACAUUCAAGGGAAACAAAACCAAAGCCCAAACCCAAACCCGAUGAACAUUUUGGCUCCUAAGAAUCAAAACCAACAUCAACCCGAAAACUAUCUUCAUGGGCAAGGAAUUGGGAUGGAAGCUGCUAGUUUCUUCGAAUUCGAUCCGAACCCAAUCCAAAACUCGAACCCGAACAACAAUUUUCAUAUUGUAUUCGGGUCUCCAUUCAACCAAACGGGCAGUACUGUGAACUAUCAGGAAGCUUUUCCGGGCAUGAUAGCAAUGAGGGAAGAAACAACAAUGAAGCAGCAGGACAUCCCAAUCUGGUACUAGAAAAACAAAACUAUUUCUUAGUUAAUUAUUAUUAUAUAUAAGUGAGAUGCAAUUUUUAUAAUAAAAAUAUGAAAUAUUAACUAUUUUCAUUGUAAAAUUUAUAUAUAGACUGCCAAGGGUUUGUAAUAGUUAAGGUUUAAUUACUUAGCAAGCUUAUUAUUAUUAUUAUAGGUCCAAAAUAUUGGUCCUUAUGCUGUUGGUGUGGACAUUAAUUAUAUUAUGUUGAAUAAUUUCAUUUUGUGUUA